UGCUGAGGAUGCUGGAGCUACAGAGGUUAAGUUUAUGUACGAUGAGACAGAAUAUGGCGUGGAGUCGCUGUGGUCUCACGAUAUGGCCCAGUAUCAGGGUACAGCACUGUAUGUGUACAAUGAUGCAGUCUUCACACCAGAGGACUGGAGUGGCAUUCAGGAGAUUGCAAGAAGCAGAAAGAGGGAUGAUCCCUUGAAAGUUGGAAGAUUUGGAAUUGGAUUUAACUCUGUGUACCACAUAACAGAUGUUCCGAGCAUAUUCAGUGGAGAUCAAAUUGGAAUGCUGGACCCACACCAGACUCUGUUUGGAGUGCAUGAAUCAGGUCAAUGCUGGAAUCUGAAGUCCGAUAUAAAGGAGAUUACGGAGCUUCAUGAUCAGUUUGCCCCGUACUUUGGCCUGUUUGGAAGCUCUGAGAAGACCAUUAAAGAUGGCAACUUUCCAGGAACGCUUUUCCGCUUCCCCCUCCGCAUGAAGCCCUCGCAGCUUAGCAGCAAUAUCUAUAACAAAGAGAAGGUUCUGGAGCUUUUUGAGUCCUUCAAGGCUGACGCUGACACCGUGCUGCUCUUCCUCAAGAGCGUUCAGAAAGUCUCGUUGCACAUUCGUGAGUCGGAUGGCACGGAAAGAAUGCUGUUUCAAGUAACAGCAGGUGAGAACCCCGAGCAGAAGUUAGAACGUCCCAGCUCGUUGAAGACCCUGGCCCUUGCCAUUGACAGCUACAGCAAUGGAGUGCUGAGUGAUUCGGUCACUUGUGCCACCUAUCAGGCCAUCAUCGAGGUACAGGAUGAAACUGCCAAGGAGACACAGAAAAUGACUUGGCUGGUCUGUAAUGGCGUCAGCGGACGGGGCAUGUGUGCCGAGCUUGAUUCCCUCGCAGACGACCUGAAGUUCAUCCCCAUCAUUGGCAUCGCCCUACCCCUCAGCCUCGUCGACGAAGACGAGGGGCGAACUUCCAGCUUCUCAGGGCGCGCCUUCUGUUUCCUCCCGCUUCCCUUGGGCGAGGAGAGCACUACAGGGUUGCCUGUACAUGUCAGUGGGUUCUUUGGCCUGACGGACAACCGAAGAAGCAUCAAAUGGAGGGAGGUGGACCAGUGGAGGGACCCAGCUGCCCUGUGGAAUGAACUCCUCAUUGUCACAGUGAUCCCCAAGAUCUACUUCACCCUCAUUAUGGAGACCAUCAAACGCAUCCAGACCAAGAAGGACCAAGACUUCCCUCUUUCACCUAGAGGAACGUACAGAGCAUGGCCAGAUCCCAAUAGGAUCCGUCCACGCUGGAAACCCAUACUGGAACCACUCUUCCAUGAUCUGCUCCAACAGCCCGUCAUAUAUACACUGGACAGCAGCUGGGUCCAAGUGGAUGAAGCUGUGUUUUCAGAACUGGACCCCAGAGAGGACUGUGCAGAGACAGUAACCAAAUACCUCCAGAGCUCAGGGAUGCAGCUGGCUCAAGUACCUGCUGCCACUGAUGCAGUCCUGACCACUUAUGUGACCAAGCCAGGGAGCCUGAAGAAAGUGACCCCUGCUUUCGUGAGGCAGACGCUUAGAAAAACUAAACACAAAGGCUCGUCCCAGGAGAAGCUCCUGCUGCUGCAGUUCAUCCUGAGUGAUGCCUGUUACAGUGACCUUAUUGGACUUGAGCUGCUGCCUUUGCAAGACGAGACGUUCAUUGCAUUCUCCUCAUCUGUAAGUGACAAGGAUGCUGUGUAUAUUGCCUCUGAGGAGUAUCCCAGGUCGCUUUACCCUGGACUGGAGGGAAGGUUUAUACUGGAAAGCAUCAACCCUUGGGUCAUGAACAGACUGAAGGAAGCUGCCAGGAGCAGAGGGAGACCCUGCACUCAGGUUCAAGUGAUAACUCCUGAGAGAUCUGCACGUCUCAUAAAGGAAAUCUUAACAACAGCUUGGCCAUCUAGAGACUUUGCUGUCCAGUGGAUCCCAGGCAAUCAAGAAAUGAAGCAUCCUACUGUAUCAUGGUUAAAAAUGGUCUGGAAGCAUUUGUAUAUUUAUUUUGCUGAUGACCUCAGUACUUUUGAAGAUAUGCCUUUGAUCCCAAAUGUGCCACUGAAUGAUGGUGUCGACUCCUUGGAGCUGCUCCGUCUAAAAACUCCGUCCCCCAUAAUUCUUGCAAAUGAAGAGGAGGGCCCUCUUUCGGAAAGCUUGCUUGAGGUCAUUAAGAAGAUUGGAGGAGUCUUUUUGAACAAGCUAGAUCCAUGCUUGCAGCACCCACUGCUGAAGAGCUACAUCCAUCAGUCAUCUCCAAGCACCCUCUUGCAAAUAAUGGACAGGUGUUCAACCCAGAGAUUAGCUAGUCAAGUGUCAUCCCUUUCUGUCAAACAAAAGCUUGCCCUGAGAGAAUUCCUAGCCGGGUUGUCAGAUGUCACUGAGAAAGAGAAACGUAUCAUCCAGGAUCUGUCCAUCUUUGAGAAAGUGGGAGCAUACUCUGAUAAAGGCACGCCAACAUUUACCUCACUGAAAGGCGCGAGAGCUCUACACCAUACUGCCAAGCACCCACAAGAUGUUAAGUUAUCCAUUAACGUUGUUGUCAGCAAUGACGAGGCCACUAUUCGUCUAAUCAAGCUGUUGAAUGUGGAGCAGGUGGGAAGCACCGAAUGUUUAAAGGUGAUCAUUCAAGACAUAGAGAAAGGUUCCUACAACAAAGAGGAGGUUGCCAAAAUCAUGCUCUGGGUCCUAACCCAUUUGUCAUUCCUCAAGAAUGAAAACAAAGAUGUGAUUGGUUGGCUGUCCUCUCUAAAAUUCAUUUACACUUCUUCAGGAAAACCUCUUGCACCCACAGAUCUCUUUGAUCCUGAGCUGGAAAUUUUGCAAAAUCUUUUCUACAUGGAGGAGAAGACAAGGUUUCCCCCAAGCAACUACACAUCAUCUCCUGAUAUUAUCCAUUCUUUGAGACUGUUAGGACUCAAAAAUGAAGUGCAGCUCAGUGAAAAAGAUGUACUACAAGUAGCAAAGAAAAUUGAGGAAUUACAAGAAAGUAGUAAACCAGACUGGGACUCUCUCUUGGCAAAAGCAAAAACACUCUUGACCAUACUGAACAAGCAAACAAAGCUUGUAAAGUCUGCAGAGGCCCAAGCAGCCUUACAGAAAUUGAAAUGGGUACCAGUUUGCAAAGACAGACCACUGAAUUACCCAAAGUCUCUUGCCUGGAAGGGAGAUUCUUGUAAUAUCUGCUCCCUCUCAGAAAUGUGUGAUAUAUCUUCUGCUGUGCUGGUGGGUUCCUCUGUAGCUCUAGUGGAACGCACAUCUGCUGGCAUGAAAAAAGCUCUCAAGUUAUCUUUAGAGCCCCAAGUUGAUCAAGUUCUGCAGCAUCUGAAAGCAGUGAAUGACUGGCACAGAUCCCAGGCAUUUACCACAGAGGAUUGGUAUCAGUUCCAGCAGAUUCUUUUUGAAAUAUAUGAAUUCAUGCAAGCCCACUUGGAAGAUGCUAGAGAAGCAAUGAAGUCACUGCCUUUUGAUUGGGUAUGGACAGGCAAAACAUUUGCAUCACCUGCACACACAGUUCUGAAACCCAUACCUGAUCUGGACUUACAACCCUAUUUGUACUCAUUACCAAGGACUAUUGCAAAGUUCCAUAAACUUUUCCAGUUUUGUGGGUCUGUUGAUGAGGUUGUCCCCAGCCAUGUGUUUCAAGUGGUUGACAUAAUUAGGCAGAGGAGUGAACAGGAAAUGACCAAAGAGGAGAGUAAGCACAACCUGCUCCUCUUGAUCAACAUCUUGCGCUGGCUGUACAACAGUCAAAUAUCAGUAGAUAUUGACAUGCAUGUGCCAAUCCUUUGCUACAAGGAUCCAAGCAAACUGGUCAUGAAGCCUAUUCAUGAAUGCACCUAUUGUGACAUAAAAGUAGAUGAUCUGAAUGACCUACUGGAAGAUGUUUCAGAGCCAAUCAUCCUUGUCCAUGAUGACAUACCCAUGAAAACUGCGGAAUGGUUGAAAGUUCCAUGUCUGAGCACAAGACUGAUAAACCCGGAGAACCUUGGCUUUGAACAGUCCGGUCAAAGAGAACCUUUAACUGUCAGAAUAAAGAACAUCUUGGAAGAGUAUCCAUCUGUCUCUGAUAUUUUCAAAGAGCUUCUGCAGAAUGCCGACGAUGCUAACGCCACUGAAUGCAGCUUCCUGAUUGACAUGCGAAAGAAUCUGGACAUUCGUGAGAACUUACUAGACCCUGGCAUGAUGGUCUGUCACGGCCCCUCUCUGUGGUCAUUCAACAAUUCUGUUUUCUCUGACACCGACUUUCAGAACAUAACAAGAUUGGGUGGGUCUAUGAAAAGAUGCGAAGCAGAUAAAGUUGGCAAAUUUGGGCUAGGGUUCAACUCAGUGUAUCAUGUGACUGACAUUCCCAUUAUACUGAGCAGAGAAUUCAUGAUCAUGUUCGACCCCAACAUCAACCACAUCAGCAAGCAUAUCCGAGACAAGUCAAAUCCAGGCAUUAAGAUCAAUUGGAGUAAACAGCAGAAACGCCUGAGGAAGUUUCCCAACCAGUUCAAACCUUUCAUCAAUGUCUUCAAUUGUAAGCUUCCACUGUCAGAAGAAUCCCCAUACAAGUAUGAUGGGACCCUCUUCAGGCUUCCAUUCAGAACAGAACAAGAGGCAUCAGUGAGUGAAAUCAGCAGCAUGUACUACAAUACCACAGACAUCUACUCUCUUGUUGAUGAGUUCAGCAUCUGUGGCCACCGGCUCAUUAUUUUCACACAGCAUGUUGGCACAAUGGUUCUGAAAUAUCUGAAAUAUGAGGAGCCGAAUCCUGCUGCUGCACAGGAUGUUGUAACUAUAAACAAGAGUGUCUGGUCUUCCAAAGCCUCGUAUGGACCCCUCAGCAUUCUGAAGUCUGCUGCCAAAGUCAUGAAAAAAGUGGCAUCCACUAACAGAGUGCCAGCUGAGGUUCCUAAGUCUGGCUGCAUCAUAAGAAUCGCGGUGGAGGAGUUCCACAACGUCUUUAGACGCAUCGUUGAUCUCCAGUCUCCUUUGUUCAGAGGUUCUGAUGAGGAUCCUUCAUCAUACUUUGAAAUGGCUUCUAAAGCGGGGACUCCACCCAGGAGACUCACUGAUGAAAUGCCCCAAAAGGGAAUGGAUCUCACAAACUGGCUAAUCUGUUCAUGUAUGGAUGUAGGUGAAGCUCUGAAGUUCUCCCUGAGUGAAAGUGGGAAGCGGCUGGGGUUAGUCCCAUGUGGUGGUGUAGCUGUGUUGCUGUCUGAAGAAGAAAACAGAAAAUGGACAGUGAAGACAAACGCCAAUCCAAUUGGAGAGGUGUUCUGCUACUUGCCUCUCAGAAUUAAAACUGGCUUACCUGUACAUAUUAAUGGCUGUUUUGCUGUUACAUCAAAUCGGAAAGAGAUAUGGAAAACAGACACAAAAGGACAGUGGAACUCCAUCUUCAUGAGGCAUGUGAUUGUCAAGGCGUACUUGGCAGCACUUAAUAUGCUGCGAUCUAUGGCAGAAAGUGGAGAACUUCUUGAUUACAGCUACUAUGCUGCCUGGCCUGAUCCGGGAGUUGUACAUGACGACUUCAAUUUGAUCAGCCAGGGAGUGUAUCAGGAAAUAGCCAAAGGGGGUGAUGAUGAUCAGGCAAAAGUCUUCUCAGAUGGCAAAACAUGGGUGUCAAUCAAGUGCGUCAGAUUCCUAGAUGAUUCACUGCUCUGUAGACCUGAUAUUGGAUCUGCUGCCUUCAAGAUUUUCCUAAAAUACCUCAGAAAGUGUGGCUCUCAAGACCUCUGUGCUGUUGAGCUUCCAGAAUGGGUCAAGGAAGGCUUUGAUGAUGCCGGCUGUAAAGGGAAAUUGAUGGAGAACACACUAACAGAGAAGCAGUUCUUCUCAGAUGUAUUCCUCCCCCAUAUCCAGGACAUAGACAAGGAUCUGCGUGACCCUCUAAUGCAGUAUGUUUUAAAUGAAAAAUUAGAGGACUUUGCACCCAUUCUCAGAGAGACUCCUUGCAUCCCAUCUUCUGGUCCCUCACACAAAUUAGUUCUGCCAUCUCGACUUAUUCAUCCAGAGGGAAGAGUAGCCAAACUGUACAGUAGUGAUGAUGGAAGGUUUCCCGAAGGAACUCUUAGAGACUAUCUGAAUCCGGUUUGCUUGGUCAAGUUAGUACAGUUGGGUAUGGUAAAGGAUGACCUCUCUUGGGAAGAUUUGAUUGAGCGUGCUGAGUCUGUCUUGGCUCUUAAUGAAACAGACCACACAGCUGCAUGCCAGAGGAGCAGUAUAGUACUCAGUCUUGUUGACGAGAAGCUAAAAAUGAGAGAUUUGGAAGCAAAGGAAUACAUGGAAAAAUUGCAAGGCAUCAAGUUUCUUCCAUUUCUGACAAAACCCGCUGGCUUCUCAUUACCGUGGCACGGGAACAACUUCCCUCAAUCAACCAUGUUUUCAGCAACAGAACUUUUCAUCACUGACCAUCAGGACACUGUAUGCUUGAUGAAGCCCAUCUUGAAUGAGAACUCACCAUCUUUUAAAGGAUGUGGUCCAAUCACACUGGCUGUAAAAGAUUUCCUGGGUUUGAUCAAGAAGCCAUCUGUUACACUAGUAAUCAGCCAGCUUAAAGAACUUUCUAAGUCGUUUGAUGGAGUUACGCUAUAUCAAGAAAACAUAACCAAUGCCUGCUACAAGUUUCUACAUGAAGAAAUGUUGCAAGAUGAAACAGCAAAAAAAGAGAUUAUGGAGGAGCUGAAAACUUUCUGCUCAAUUCUAGUGGAGAACACAUAUGUUGAUCCAGCAAAGGUUGCAUUUCACCUCAACUUUGAUGCAGCACCAUAUCUCUACCAACUACCAAACAAGUACAGAAACAGCUGCCGUGAGCUCUUUGAAAAUGUGGGUGUUCAGCCGAGUUUCACUGUGGAAAACUUUUCAGCCGUUCUUGAAAAGAUGAAAAAUGACUGUGGGAGAAAGCCUCUCACCGAAGAGAACUUUCAACUCUGUCGCAGAAUCAUCAGUGAAGGAAUAUGGAGUUUGAUCAGAGACAAAAAUCAGGAGUUCUGCCAGUCCACAUAUGGAGAGAUACUCCUGCCUGACAGCAAUUUCACACUGCAACCAUCAAAGUCAUUGUGCUACAAUGACUGCCCAUGGAUCAAAGUAAGGGACACCACAGUUAAAUACUGCCAUGGUGAUAUUCCCCGAGAAGUAGCAGUCAAAUUAGGGGCAGUUCCCAAACGCCACAAAGCCUUGGAGCGGUAUGCUUCCAAUAUCUGCUUCACCACUCUAGGAAGUGAGUUUGGCCAAAAAGAAAAAUUGACAAGCAGAAUUAAAAGUAUCCUGAAUGCUUACCCAUCAGAGAAGGAGAUGCUGAAAGAGCUCCUUCAGAAUGCAGAUGAUGCUAAAGCCACAGAAAUAUAUUUUGUAUUUGACCCAAGGGUCCACCCCACUAACAGAAUAUUUGAUGACAAAUGGGUUCCAAUGCAGGGACCAUCACUUUGUGUCUACAACAACCAGCCUUUCACAGAAGAUGACAUCAGAGGAAUCCAAAAUCUUGGAAGAGGCACGAAAGAGGCAAAUCCAGGUAAAACUGGCCAAUACGGCAUUGGAUUCAACUCUGUGUAUCACAUCACUGACUGCCCAUCUUUCAUCUCAAAUAAUGACAUUCUGUGCAUCUUUGAUCCACAUGCCCGCUAUGCUCCUGGUGCAACAUCUGGUAGUCCUGGCAGAAUGUUCAGAGAUUUGGACUCAGAUUUCAGGUCUCAGUUCUCUGAUGUCCUGAAUUUGUACCUGGGAUCUCAUUUCAGACUUGAACGAUCCACAAUGUUCAGGUUUCCAAUUCGUUCUACAGACAUGGCAAAAAUUUCGGAAAUUAGCUCUGUACCUGCCUCAGACAGAAUGGUCCAAAAUCUCUUGGACAAAUUACGAACAGAUGGUGUAGAACUCCUCAUGUUUUUGAAUCACAUGGAAAAAAUUUCCAUUUGUGAAAUCGAGAGUGGAACAGGAGACCUGAAAACACUCUACUCCGUGACAGCAAAAAUCACAGAUGGUGAUCGCUUGAAACGCAAGCAAUUUCAUGCCUCUGUGGUGGAUAGCGUGACCAAAAAGAAACAGCUUCCCCAAAUUCCAGUCCAGCAGAUAACAUAUACAAUGGACAUUGAAGAUUCAGAUGGAAACUUGACAACCUGGCUAGUAUGCAACCGCUCUGGGUUCUCUGACAUGGAAAAAGUCUCCAAGAGUGUGAUUUCAGCCCACAAAAAUGAAGACAUAACGCUUUUUCCACGUGGAGGGGUCGCUGCAUGCAUCAGCCACAACUACAAAAAACCUCAUCGAGCUUUCUGCUUUCUCCCUCUCUCACUGGAGACAGGCUUGCCCUUUCAUGUGAAUGGGCAUUUUGCCUUAGAUUCUGCCAGGCGAAACCUGUGGAGGGAUGACAAUGGAGUAGGGGUGAGGAGUGACUGGAACAACAAUCUCAUGACAGCUCUCAUUGCUCCAGCUUACGUCGAGCUGUUGAUUCAGCUGAAACGGCGGAUCUUCCAAGGACCUGAUCCCACAAUGACUAUAAUACAGGGAACUCCAAUUCACCUUGUCAAAGACACAUUGAGAAAGUUCUUGUUUUUCUUUCCUGUAAACAGGCUAGACAUUCAGCCAGACUGGUACUGUCUUGUGAAGGCAGUUUAUAAUUGCAUUCAUAUAGACCUGAAAAGAUUGCUCCCUGUUGUCAGAGCACCACAUGUUGACAACACAGAUAUACACUCAGCCAUUUACAUCUCGUGGGUCAACACAUCCACUUCAGCUAAAAGCCGAGCGUUCUUUGACAAUCUGUUGCAAGAUGAAUUGCAGCAUCUCAAGAACACAGAAUACAACAUUACCACACGCAAAUCUGUGGCAGAAAAUGUAUUCAGACUUAAAGCUAUGCUCUUGGAUAUUGGCUUCAACUUAGUACACAGUUGUGAUGAGACUGCUAGCCUGUAUUUUUGCCUGACAGAUGCAGGUAUUCCAGUGAGCUACGUAACACCAGAGGAUGUGCGAAAUUUUCUCCUGACAUUUUCAUCACCAGACACAUCCUGCCAUGUCGGGAAACUGCCCUGUCGACUACAGCAGUCUAAUUUCAAGCUCUUCCACAGUCUCAAGCUUCUGGUCGAUUACUGCUUCAAAGACAUUGAGGAAGAUGAGAUCAGAAUAGAGGGGCUACCAUUACUGAUGACAAUGGACAACAUUUUGCAAGUGUUUGAUUCCAAGCGACCUAAGUUUCUCACCACACAUCACGACCUGAUCUCGUCCAGGAAAGAGAUGUUCAUGCACACUCUAUACAUGAGAUACAGCAACAUCCUACUCAAAGCUGGUGUAGCAAAAGUGUUUGACAUUAGCAGCUUUGGAGACCUAUUGGGAUCGGUCCUACCACGGGAGUACCGAACAAGGACUUCUGUGAAGUGGAGGGAAAAUUACGCAAGUGAAUCUUGGCUGAAAAGUGCAUGGCAUUUUAUCAGUGAGAACAUUGCCAGCAAAGAGGCAGACAUGAAACCUAACUUUGAGACAGUGCUUGACAUUCUAAAAGACUGGGCAUUACUGCCAGGAAUCAAAUUCAUGGUGUCCAGCAACAAACUGGUUGUGCCAGAGCAUGAUGUUUUGCUACCUCUCAGCUUAAGUUACGUAGCUAUCUUCCCCAAUGGACAAAACGACAAGGUCUUUCAUACACUCAUGAAAGGGGGUUGCAUUCAACUUGCAGUCCACAAAAUAUGCACCAAAGAGAAUCCUGUUUGGCCCAUGCUGGGUCAGCACACGGCAAAUAUAGACAAUCCGUCCAGCAUCCUCAAAGCUGUCGAGUACAUGAUUCAGACUUCAGCCUUCAAAACAGGAAGCUUGACAGACAAAGACAUGGAAGCGCUGCUGUUGUACUUCAACUGCAAUUUGACAAAUUUGUCUGCCGAUGAUGUGCAAAGUUUGAAAUUGCUCCCUUGCUACCAAGCAGUCAGUGGGCGAUACAUCAGCAUUGCAAACUUUGGGUCUUGCUACGUCCUAACUAAAAGCAUCCCCUCCACUGAUAUGGAAAAGUGGGCACAUACAACAUCUUCUGCCUUUCUUGUGGACAACCCACAGCUGAAGGAACUCUACAGUUUCCUUGGGUGCACCCCAAUUGAUGACCUUGAAGUCUACCUCAAGCACCUCCUUCCGAAAUUUGACAUUCUCUCACAUGAUGGCAAAAUUCAACACCUCAUAUAUCUGAAGGAGAGGCUUUUAGCAAUGGACGAGUCCUGUGGGAUAAAGGAUCAGCUUUAUGAAAAACUGGAAGGUCUGUCCUUUAUUUAUGAUUCCACAAACAGAUUGAAACCUGCGAAAACCUUUUUUGAUCAUACGGUGAAAGUUUUUGAGGUCAUGCUCCCAGCAAAAUCAUUCAUCCCCAGUGAAUUUUUUAAGAGAAUUGAACAAGUGUCAAAGCCCAAAAAUGGGGCCUCCUUUUUGCCCUCGUGGAUCACGUUCCUACGUAACAUAGGUUUGAAACAUGUCAUAUCUCAGCAGCAAAUUCUCCAGUUUGCAAAAGAGGUAAGCAUCAAAGCUCAGACAGAGAACUGGUCUAAGGAAAAAGUGCAAGUCGUUGUUGACGUUCUGCUUAACCACAUUUUCUGCGAGAGGACAGAUCUUUUUGAGGGAGCCUUUCUGAAAGAGCUGUCAAUGAUUCCUUUCCUGUGUCCAGAGCGUGCACCACCGGAGCUCAUCCGACUUCAUGCUCAGUAUCAAGAGGUGAAGGGCAAUCUCCCUCUAAUUCGCUUCAGUGGGUCUCAAGUCAACCCAAAGUUCAAACAAACUGACAUCAUGCAAUUGCUCUGGACAUCAUGUCCCAUCCUUCCAGAAAAGGCUACCCCGGCAAGUAUAAAAGACCAAGAGGGAAGCACACUUGUAGGCCAAGAACAGCUCGACCAAGUGUUAACCAUGUUAAAUGUCAACUUGGAUCCACCAUUGGACAAAGUUAUUAGCAACUGCAAAAACAUAUGCAGCAUAUCAAACCUGGACGACGACACAGUCAAAACCAGAAAUAAAGUCUUAAGGAGCAUUUAUGAGUUUCUCAAUGCUGACAAGAGGGAAUUUCGUUAUCAGUUACGAGGGGUGGCCUUUGUUAUGGUUGAGGAGGGGUGGAAACUGCUGAAACCAGAAGAAGUUGUAAUAAAUUUGGAUAAUGAAGCUGACUUCAAACCAUACUUAUACAAGCUUCCCCUUGAACUUGGUACCUUCCACCAGCUGUUCAAGCAGCUGGGAACAGAGGAUAUUGUGUCCACAAAACAGUAUGUUGAAGUGCUGUGCCGCAUAUACAGAAACUCAGAAGGCAAGCAGCUUGACCCAAAUGAAAUGAGAACUGUGAAGAGAGCGGUCUCAGGGCUUUUCAAAAGUCUCCAGAAUGACCCAGUCCAGGUACGCAAAGAUCUCGAGGGCCUUAGAGAUUUGACUUUUUACUUGCCAAGUCACGAUGGUCGACUGGCAAAAUCUAACAGUUUAGUGUUUGACGACGCCCCACAUUACAAGAGUAGAAUACAGGGUAAUGUUGGUGUUCAGAUGCUAGUGGACAUGAGCCAGUGUUACCUUGGCAAAGACCAUGCCUUCCACACAAAACUGAUCAUGCUUCUGCCCCAGAAACUGAGACCUAGACUCCUUAGUAGCAUAUUGGAGGAGCAGCUUGAUGAAGAAUCUCCAAAAAUGUGCCAAUUCGGAGCCCUUUGUUCACUUCAGGGUCGGCUUCAGCUGCUGCUCUCGUCUGAGCAGUUUAUCACAGGACUUAUACGAAUAAUGAAGCAUGAGAACGACAAUGCAUACAUGGUCAAUGAGGAGAAAGCAAUCAGACUGUGCAAAGCUUUAUGUGAAGGCUUAAAGGUGUCCUGCUUUGAGAAGCUUCAGACAACUUUGCGUGUCAAAGGCAGUAGUCCUAUCCCACACAGCCGGAGUGAAACUCUGGCCUUCUUGAAAAGGUAUGGGACAGCAGUUAUUCACCUCUACAUUCAACAUUCAGACAGUAAAGAUAUCAACUUUCUUCUUGCCCUGGCAAUGACCCUGAAGUCUGCAACAGACAAUCUGAUUUCUGACACUUCAUAUCUCAUUGCUAUGCUGGGUUGUAAUGAUAUCUACAGAAUCACAGAGAAGCUAGACAACCUUGGGGUAAAGUAUGACUCUACUGAACCCUCAAAACUUGAGCUUCCUCUUCCAGGUACUCCUAUACCAGCAGAGAUACAUCACAUACUCCUUAUGGAUCCAAUGAAUGUGUUCUACCCUGGAGAGUAUGUUGGGUAUCUGGUUGACUCAGAGGGAGGAGACAUAUAUGGAUCCUACCAGCCAACUUAUACAUAUGCCAUCAUUGUUCAAGAAGUGGAGAGGGAAGAGGAGGACAAUCUAAGUUUCCUCGGAAAGUGCUUCCAAAUUGACAUUGGAUACAGUGAAUACAAAAUCGUCAGCUCCCUUGAUUUGUACAAAUUCUCCAGACAAGACGAAAGUACUAACAUUCGCGGUGAGGUUCCAACAACUCCGACAAGCCCCUUAGACAGUCACUUACCUGGCCCACGAAUGGUGCCACCUAUAUUCUCUGGAAAGGAAAAUCACAGAGCUCCACCAACAAAACUCUCCCCCAAAAAGAUCAAACUCAAUGCUUUACCAGACAUUUUGAAAGAGGUGACUUCGGUGGUAGAGCAGGCGUGGAAACUGUCCGAAACUGAAAGAAAAAAGACCAUUCGACGUUUAUACCUCAAGUGGCACCCUGACAAAAAUGCAGAGAAUCUCGACAUUGCCACAGAGGUCUUCAAACACUUGCAGAAUGAGAUAAGCCGAAUGGAGAAACAGUCUCAGGCAGAGCAGACUACAGACAGAGCGUCGAGGAGGACCUUCUCUGCGUCUUCCACGCGUUUCCAGUCGGAGAAGUUCUCAUUUCAAAGAUUUUAUACAUCUUGGAACCAAGAAGCAACAAGCCAUAAGUCUGAGAGACAGCACUUUAGGGAACGGUUUACUAGCCAUACAGGUACGACACACUCCAAUCGUUUCUUUGUUCCCCCAUCAUUCAAAUCAGUUGGCAACCCUGUGGAGGCACGAAGGUGGCUGAGACAGGCAAGAGCCAACUUCUCCGCUGCAAGAAACGACCUGCAUAAAAAUGCUAAUGAGUGGGUGUGCUUUAAGUGCUACCUGGCCACAAAGUUGGCACUGAUUGCUGCUGACUAUGCAGUUCGGGGGAAGUCUGACAAAGACGUGAAGCCCACUGCCCUUGCUCAGAAAGUGGAGGAAUACAACUCCCAUCUAGCUGGGCUGGCUAAUGACGUCAACAUCCUUGAGGGCUACGGUGUGGACAGUCUGAGAACUCGCUAUCCUGACCUUUUGCCCUUUCCUCAGAUUCCAAACGACAGGUACACUUCGGAGGUGGCGGUUAGAGUGAUGGAAUGCACAGCUCGGAUAAUCAUCAGACUUGAAACAUUUGUACAGCAGAAAAUAUGACUAUAUCCAUUCUGUGUAGUAUACAUUAUUCAAAGUCAAUCUGCAAUG